GAGAUAGCACAGUAUAAAGCAGCCAACAAAUAUAUAAGAUCUUUGCUGUCUCUCUCUAUCCUUAUCACCAUCUCACUAGUUGAAAAAACCCCCCAAAUUUUAGCACAAUUCUGUUCAAGAUUUAGUCAUAGAAACUUUUCCCAACUUUUCUUUUUUCUCUUAUUUUCUAAAUUCAGGGUUUUGAAGUUUUGGAAUUGCUUUUCAAUGGGAAAAGAAUUAGAUGGGCUAGGGUAUUUACCUCUCCACAUAAUUCUAUCAAAAUUAUCUCCUUCAGAUAUUAUUAAAGUUUCUUGCGCUAAUAAAAGGCUUAGAGCUUCAGCUUCUGACGAGUCCCUUUGGGCUCAAAUUUGUUAUCAAGAACUUCAGCUUUCAACCCCUCAAGAUGAUCAUGGAAACCCUCUACCUUGUUUUAUGUUAGCUUAUCAGUUGUGGCGAGAGGCUUUCUCGAUGUAUCCAUGGCCACUUGUUAAACGAGUUAAAAGAUGUUGGGAUAAGCUUAAGAAAUGGUUUAACAACAAUUUCCCGGAGGCUGAGGCGACACUUAGAAGGGGUGCAUCGGAAUCCGAUAUUGAACAAUUACAAACACUUUUAAAAGUCAAAUUGCCGCUUCCCACUCGGCUUCUCUAUCGUUUUCAUGACGGUCAAGAACUGCCGGAAAAAAGGAACCCGAAGACAGCUUCUGGUAGCUGGUUGGGAAUUAUAGGUGGUUACUCUUUCUAUAACCAUUCAGUUAAUGUUUACUUGUUACCGUUAAAUCAGGUUAUUGCCAAGACAAGAUAUGUCAUUCGUCACCUAGGUUUUUCGAGCCGAUCUAAGUGCAUCGUCAUGGCUUCUUCUUUCACUUUUAGUAGGAAAGUGUUUUUCUUGAACUGUACCAAUGGCCAACUUUUUGUCGGUACAAGGAAGCCUCUUACAGAUGGUGAAAUGAUUCCGUGUGUCCCGAAUGCACUUAUUCGUUCCGUGCACGAUUUGUAUGGUGAAGAGCAACAAGAUGCCAUGCUGCUGUGGUUAGAGGAACAUGGACGCCGUUUAGAGAAUGGUAUUAUCAAAGUCCGUAAAGAAGGAGAUGAUCGAAGUAUCAAUUUAUUUCCCGAGGUUCCUCCCUUAUGUGUCACUACUGUAACAAACGGUGUGCAGGUUCGUGCUUCGGCUGUGUUCGUUCCAGAAUUUGCUGACCUAGUAGAUGAAGCCGAGAAGUUCACGUUUGCUUAUUCAAUCCGCAUGUCACUCUUACCUGAAGGGUGCGUCAUUAAUGGAAUGACCUUCGUCUCCUGCCAAUUGAAUAGGAGGCAUUGGAUCAUUCGUGCUGAUGGAGAAGUCGUAUCCAGUGUUGAUGAUGAGGCCGUGAUCGGAGAGUACCCUCUGUUGCAUCCAGGAGAAGGCGAAUUUGUUUAUCAGAGCUGCGCGCCCUUACCAUCUCCUUCAGGUUCCAUUGAAGGUCAUUUCACAUUUGUCCCUGGAAGGUUGGCUGAUCCAAGAGGCGGUCCAUUUGAAGUUCAAGUGGCAAGGUUCCCAUUAGAAAUGCCAGACUAUGUUUUUUGACAGAAAUUCCUGAUUUCAGACUUUUUGCCUGUUUGUAUGUGUGAAAACCCUAUUUUGCUCUUCCAUUACAUUUUGCGAUAUUACUGUCAUCAUAAAAUUUGUUACUUGUCGUUAAUGAAUGGGGUUUGCUUGUGUGUAAAACACAGAAUAUAUUGGGUAAAUUACAGUCAAGGUCAUUAAACAA